AUGCCAAAAAUAUCCAGCCCUAGAGAGACUGAGCGGUGCGUUGAGUCGAUUGCUCUUUUCUGGAAGCAUGCUGCGCAGGAUAGUACCAACUGCAAACUUUUCAAAACAGAGUUCCUAACCUUCAUGAAUACAGAACUGGGGCCUUUCACUAAGAACCAGAAGGACCCUAGUGUUCUUGACCACAUGAUGAAGAAACUGGACCUCAACUGUGAUGUGCAGCUAGAUUUCCAAUAUCUUAAUCUUAUUGGAGGCAUGGCCAUAGCUUGCCAUGACUCCUUUAUCAUGUCUAUCUGUUUCCAGAAGUAAACCUGAGGAGUGAGCCCUUGGGCCUGGCAUCUAGACUACCCCUUUCCUUCCAGCCUCCCAGUCAUCACCUACUCCUCAC